AUGGGAUUCCCAGUGUCAGUUGUGCCGGACACAGCUUCUAAGACACUCCGACAUGUUGCUCUGCGUAUGGGGAAGCAAACACAUCAACACCACCACCACCAUAUCACAAGAGACCUCGCAGAUGGCAAUCUUCCCCUCAGUAACCUCAGAUUUCAAGAUCCCGGGAACGGCACCUCAAGAAAUCUCACCUUCUCGAAUUUUGCAGGACCGGGCAGCAAUCCACCCAACACUCCUCAAUUCUAUACUGGACUGCAUGGUGUCAAUUUGAAGAUGGAUUCCCAGCUGGUCAGGAUGUUGUGGUUGUCGAUAUUGAUCGCUGUCAGCAUAGUGCUGAUACUGCGCAUGGUUCAACUCUUCGUGUCGUUUAUCCGGAACAUCUACUGCAUGACGGCCACUCCAUCACAGCAGAAAUAUUAUACCAUCGACCGUCUUUGGAUCUGGCCGUGGCUGAAGAAGCAUGUCGUCUUUGCGCCCCUUCUCAAGAAGCGGCACAACCGAGAAUUCCAGAUGUCGAGCGCCGUCAAUUACGGUACUCUACCAGGCCGCAUCCACUUUCUCCUACUCAGCCUCUAUGCGGUCUCCAACCUGGUAUAUUGUCUGCUUCUUGACUGGAGAGCGCCAGAGAAAGGCGCAUUGUUGGCAGAGCUCCGAGGUCGAAGUGGUAUUCUAGCCACAGUCAACCUGAUCCCUCUUGUUGUUCUGGCUUCGAGGAACAACAUCGCCAUCCCGAUUCUCAAGGUCAGCUUCGACACUUUCAACUUGUUUCAUCGCUGGAUUGGGAGGAUUGUAGCCAUUGAAUCCACAAUCCACUUUUUCGCAUGGAUGGCCGCCUACAUACUCGCCAAAGGAGAUGAUGCGACUCCCAAGAUCUUCAACCACAACCCCUUCCUCCAGUUUGGUCUGGCUGGUAUGGUCGCCAUCAUCAUCCUACCCUUCCAUUCCUUCUCUGUCAUCCGACAUGCCUUCUACGAGACAUUCCUGCACCUGCACCAACUUCUGGCUUUCGUCGCCCUCCUGGGUGUCUACGUCCACCUCGACGUGAAGAAACUACCCGCUUACCCUUCAAUACUGACGGCAGUUCUUUUGUGGAUGGUGGAGCGGCUUUGGCGCUUGGGAAGGCUAGUUUAUCUCAAUUAUUCCCGCAAAGGCGGCGUCACAACAGUAUUUGUCGAAGCCUUGCCGGGGGACGCGUGUCGUGUCACUUUUCAGCUACCGCGACACAUUACCAUCCGUCCGGGCAGCCAUGUUUAUGCCUACAUCCCGGCGGUAUCACUGUGGAUGUCGCAUCCCUUUUCUGUGGCUUGGACGAACAUUGAAUCCGAACCUCCCGUGGGCCAUUCCCCUCGACCGCUAAGCCCAAAGACCCCCAACACCGUCGAGAGACAGUCUUUUGGUCGGAGAUUCUCGGUCUCCAAGGCGCCCACCAGCGUCUCUCUGAUCAUGGUUGCUCGUACAGGCAUGACGAGGAAACUCUACCAGACGGCCCGACAGAGUCCCAAUGCAAGACUCCAUCUGAGCGGCUUCUUGGAAGGGCCAUAUGCCGGGCACGACUCACUCGAGAGCUACGGAACCGUUGUCAUGUUUGCUGGUGGUGGCGGGAUCACUCACCAUCUCGUGCAAAUUCGACAUCUGCUGGCAGGUGCGCAGGCACAAACUGUGGCGACGCGCAAGAUCGUUCUGGUCUGGUCGAUUCGAGAUAUUGAGGCCAUGGAAUGGCUCAAACCGUGGAUGACGGAGAUUCUUCACAUGGAAGGCCGCCGAGAAAUCCUGAAGAUCAUGAUCUAUGUGAGCAGAUCGGCGCAUCACAUCAACAGCAGCAAGAGCAAGCCAACAAUGCAACUAAUCCAAGGCCGGGCCGAUCCCGGGACUAUUCUGGACGAGGUGAUUCCAACGAGGGUUGGGGCAGUCAUGGUCAGUGUCUGUGGCCCCGGUGCAUUGGCGGACGAGGUCAGAGCGGCGGUGCGGACGAGGAUGCACAAGGCGAACAUGGACAUGAACGAAGAGAGCUUUACAUGGUGA